CUGGUAUGUGGGAUUCGCUAAUUAAUGGCCGCUGCUGCAAGAAAAUCCGCACAAAGGGCCAUCUAAAAGACUCGCAGCCUUUGACUUCAUAUUGCGGAAUAUUUUGGCUUCUUUAACCUUCAGAUCCUUCCUUCACCAUUAAUUAUUACUAGUAAAACAUGGCCGCUUCAUCUUCUAUCCAAUUACUAACACCUGCAUUAGCAAUACUCGUUCUUUCUUUCUUGAAAUUAUCUACUUCAGCAAGAGCAUCAGCUGGAUCAUGCUACAAAUCCAUCAUCGGCUUUGGGGAUUCCCUCACUGAUACUGGCAACUUAGUCCAGCUCUUCCCGCCCGAUAAUCCUACCCACUGUUAUCGACCACCGUACGGGGAAACCUUCUUUAAACACCCUACCGGUCGUUGCUGCGAUGGCCGUCUCAUCAUUGAUUUUAUUGACCCUAAAGCAACCUUAAAUUCAUUACCAGCAUACCUUUGGAGAGAUGAAAGUACGGAUUUUCGACAAGGCGUGAAUUUCGCUGUAUCAGGAGCUACAGCACUUAACAAUUCAUUUUUCCUGGAAAUGGGACUGCAGGAUCUUUCAACGAAUGUGUCACUGGGAACACAGUUAAGGUGGUUCAAAGAUAUAUUGCCGUCUCUAUGCAGCAGCAACUCUUCAGAUUGCAGCAGGGAAUUUCUUCAAAGCUCGUUUGUUCUUAUGGGAGAGAUUGGGGGCGAUGAUUACAACGCUGCACUUCUUGGUGGAAUAAAACCAGAUGAGGUCAAACCAUAUGUUCCCGGUGUUGUGCGCGAGAUCGCUUCAGCUAUCGAGGAAUUGAUUAAGCUAGGAGCUGUGACAUUGGUGGUUCCUGGGAACUUUCCAAUUGGAUGCUUGGCUUCCUAUCUGACCUAUUUUCAAAGCUCCAGCCAGCAUGACUACGACACGGAUACUGGUUGCAUAAACUGGUUAAAUGAUUUAGCCAAAUAUCAUAACAGAUUGCUGCAGAAAGAACUUAAUCGCAUCAGAAAACUUCAUCCUCAUGCCACCAUAAUCUAUGCCGAUUACUACAAUGCUGCAAUGAGAUUUUAUCGUUCCCCAAACAAAUAUGGAUUUAGAGGAGAAGCUCUAAGGGCUUGCUGCGGAACAGGAGGCCCGUACAAUUGUAAUACCUCAAUUCCUUGUGGCUACCUACCAGCAACUCCUUGCAAGGAUCCGUCUUUGUAUGUUACCUGGGACGGUUUGCACUUGACCGAAGCUGCCUACCAAUUGGUAGCUCAGGGCAUACUUCAAGGACCAUAUUCUACUCCUCCUAUCAAUACAAUCUGUCCGCUUGCAUCCACUAGUUCAGGAGGACUUUUGCUUUAAGAUUAGCUUAGAUUUUGUGAGAUGUCCCUUUUUAUCACUUGGUAGCAAAAUUUUAAACCACAUUAAAUUGUUAUUUAUUUAGUUUAUGUGGUUUAUGGUUGGCGUUUCUACUUUUUGAUUGGUUGGAUAAGCCUAUCCAUAAAUAUGUGGUUUGUAAGAGCCUUCAAUUUGGGAGGCAAAAUGAUACCUAAAGGCUCCAUAUUUCCUUUUCAUUCCCAAUCAAAAGGCUCCAUAUUUUACUCAACAA